UGGAUGCUUAAAAGGAGGAAGAAUAAUGCAUUUGCUGUUACAGGGUGUUAUGAUUGUUUCCAUCAUAUUGUAUUCUUAUGUGCAGGUGCUGGCAAAACUUUUCAUUCCCAAGAAGAAAAAAUCUCUCAAAGGAGAGAUUGUUCUGAUUACUGGAGCUGCCCAUGGACUCGGAAGGGGAACAGCCUAUGCGUUUUCCAAGCAGGGAUGCAAGUUGGUUCUUUGGGAUAUCAAUAAGCAUGGCGUUGAAGAAACAGCAGAUGAAUGCAGAAAGCUGGGUGCUGUCGUGCAUACGUACGUGGUGAAUUGUCAGAAGAGGGAGGAAAUCUACAGAACUGCAGAUGAGGUGAAAAAAGACAUUGGAGAUAUCAGUAUCUUGAUUAAUAAUGCUGGAGUGAUAGCUACAGGACAUUUUCUUUCAGUCCCAGAUGAACAGAUCCAGAGCAUAAUUGACGUUAAUCUUCUUGCUCACUACUGGACAGUGAAAGCAUUCUUGCCAGCAAUGAUGGAAAUGAACCACGGCCAUAUCGUCACAAUUGCUUCGCUUGCUGGUUCUGUAGGUGUACCGUUCAUGGUGACUUAUGCCUCAUCCAAACAUGCCAUUGUUGGAUUUCAUCUCUCUCUGACAGAAGAACUAUAUUUUUUGGGAAAGGAUGGAAUCAAGACGACAUGUCUCUGUCCGUUUUUUAUUAACACUGGCUUUGUGAAGGAUUUACUUCCCAAAACUAUUCCUGUUUUAGAAACGGAGUAUACUGUUAAUAAACUGAUGGAAGGAAUACUGACUAAUCAGAAAAUGAUUGUUCUUCCACUACCCGCAAAAUUCUUAAUGAUAAUGUUCAGGUUUCUGCCAGAACGUGUUCACAGAUUGUUUAUAGAAAUGGAAAGGGAGUGGAUUGGUAACUACAGAGAUAGAUAUAUGAAAGGAGUAAGUAAAUUAGCUGAUGGUUAGCAGCCGUGUUUGUGGAAUGGAGCCAGCUGCUGACAAUGGGAAUCAGGUCUGAGAAAGGCAAAGUGUGUGUGUUUGGAGACAUUUGGAAGAUCCUGACUUUCAGAACACAGAAUUUUUGAGCUAGAAGGAUCUUAAAAAGCCCAUGUUUCAUUCACACAACAUAUUCUUAUGCUUUGCUUAGCGCUGAUUUGCUAUGACUGUUAAAUAAUCCCAAACAAGUAAUCAUACUUCUGAACCUGUGAUUGUAGGUAUCACCUGCUUUCAGUCCAUUAUCUCAUAUCUUGCAAUUCACCUUCUGUAUUGUUUAGGUGAUCUGCAGUUUGUCUUGUUCACUGAUUUCUAUCAUCCCAGUCCUAUUGCAUUGUUCGCCGAUUGUGUUACGCUGUUUUCCUGCACUGUUUUUAUCCUGUCAUUGGCCUUGAAUCUGGUUGAGAAAGAUGGACAAUAAGCAAAGUUAAAAUAAAAUGAAGCUAAGUAGGGUCAGCCCUGGCUAGUAUUUCAAAGGGAGACCACUAAGGAAUUCCAGGGUCACAAUGCAGAGGAAGGCAAUGGCAAACCUCCUGCCUUGAAAAACCCUUCAGGGCCUCAUAAGUUGGCUGUGACUUGAUGGCACUUUACACACAAACACACAUACACACACAAACAAACACUGUAAUCCUAUACAUAGUUACAUUGGUAAAAGCCUACUUAAAUCAAUGGGUUUAUAUGGACUAACUUUGCAUAAGACUAUAGUACCAGAUGCUGCAACAAGAAGUAGAUUUUUGCAAGGGCUGGAGCUACAAUACAGUUGAGAGUGGGAGAAGCAACAGAAAAGAGCAAGAGUCCAGUAGCACCUUAAAGACUAGCAAAAUUUGUGGCAGGGGAUGAGUACCUGAAGAAGUGAGCAGUGACUGAUGAAAGCUCACACCCUACACCAAAUUUUGUUAGUCUUUAAGAUGCUACUGGACUCUUGCUCUUUUCUACUGCUAAAAACCCUCUCUGGGUCUAUGUGUGCUUACAAGUGUGUUGUGUGUCCGUGUGCAUGAAAAGCAUGUUCCUCUUCGUCUUCUGUGCAGUCCCACAUUGGGGACUGUGCACGUGCAAGCCUGCCACAGCAGAUCUUCUAGCUUAGAAUCCUUAGGGAUGUCCACAUGCCCAUUAGAACUGUUGUAAAUGUCUCCCUCCCCACAGUCACACAGUCCAAUGGCACAGCACCCCUUUCUCCCUCAGUUCCUUUUUGGCUGCGACAAAAUAAGGUUGACUUCUCCCAUUCAGAAUACCUUGUAUCAGUUAAAAUUAACAAACUUUUCCUAAAGAGGACUCUUUAAAGGUAUGAAAAGGGGUACAUCAUUUUAGCUAAUUUCAAAAGCCAACCUGUGAUAAUGGAGUUCAAUGAACACCGCAGACUCCUCUAUGUACCUGUUACAAGCUUCUUUUGUUGCCAGUAAACCAUUAUAUAUUAA